AUGCAGCCCUUCACAGUACUCUCACAAAGUUGGUACACGAACUCGCAAGAGCCCGCAGAGGCUGUGCCGCAAUGGGUAUUGGACGGUGCGCGAAUAGCAGACGAUUCUCCUCGGUCCAGCAUCGACUCUUUUGAAUCGAGUGGCAUUCAGAUAUACCUUGAGGAAAGCCCGGCUCCGCCGAGCCGUGGGCCAAGGUCGAUUCCAAUAGUUUGCAAGGCAAUACUGGCGUCCUGGAGACAGGCGAAUCGACCUCCGCGAUGGAACUACGAGGCCAGCCCAAGGCUAAGUUAG